AUGUUUUCAUCACUAUCUGCUGGUUAUGAUGAUUUAUGGAAGGCCAUAAUUCGACCUCCAAGAGAUAACGAGUAUUCUGAGUAGGAUUUAGGUCCCAGUCAAUUUAAAAUUUAGGGAGUGAUGAUUAAGAGAACUGAUUUUUAAAUCAAAAAUAAGAGAGGACUCAAAUUAGAAUGCUCAUUUUUUGAGCCCGUUUAAAAACCAUGUGAAUAAUUGCCAUGUGUAAUAUACUUGCAUGGUAAUAGUAGUAGCAGAUUAGAAUGUUUGGCUUCUUUGGAUGGACUUCUAUAGCAAUAUAUCUAGGUGUUCAGUUUUGAUUUUGCUGGUUGUGGUAAAUCAGAAGGAGACUACAUAUCCUUAGGAUGGUACGAGAGAGAUGAUGUUGAAGUAGUAGUUGACUGGUUGCGUUAAAGCAAUAAAGUUUCUACCAUAGGAUUGUGGGGUCGAUCAAUGGGUGCAGUUACAGCUUUAAUGCAUGCUGAUAGAGAUCCUAGCAUAGCUGGUUUAGUUUUGGAUAGUGCAUUUUCAAAUCUAAAGACCUUGGCAGAAGAGUUAGCAAAAUAAUAUGCUCAAAAAGUACCCUCUUUUGCUAUCUCUGCUGGGUUGUCUAUGAUAAGAAAAACUAUUUAAUCAAAAGCCAAUUUCGAUAUAGAAAACAUCAAUCCACUCAAGAAUCAUGUUUCAAAGGCCUUCAUUCCUGCAUUCUUCAUUGCAGCAGACGAAGAUACUUUUGUUUUACCUCAUCACACUAAGAAAUUACAUGAAGCUUAUGCUGGAGAUAAAAAUAUUUCCAUAGUUCCUGGAGAUCAUAAUUCUAAGAGGCCAUCCUUUGCUAUGAACUCUAUAGCAAUAUUCUUUUAUAAUACUCUCUAAGUGAAGCAUUUAGUUCCUGAAUACAAGCAGCCAGAUUAGAAGUCUGACAAUAAUCAAUAAUUUGAGGAGGCCAACUUUUUAAAUAGUUAUAACAACCAUGUUGGGAAUGCAUUUUAAGUUUAGGGAGCUAUGCAUGAUUUUGAUGAAGAUGAAGAGCUCAGGAAAGCAAUAGAGGAAAGUCUAAAAUUAACUGCUUUUGAACCUAACCAAUAAAAUUAAUAAAACUCAUAAAAUAGACCACAAGUUUAACCAUAUAAAUAACCUGAAGAUCUAUUAAAAUUCUCAGAUGAUGAGAGUUUGCUAUGA